GCUCUUUCAGUUUCAGUAUUACACAGUGGGAUAUAAAUAUGAGUUAGCAAAACUGCCUCUCGGCACUCGUUGCACACAGAGCUGGGAGGGUAAGUAGGUACAAUGGAUAAGUUGAACCCUGUGGAUAGUGACGAGGAAAUCCAAUCUCUCUCUGAGGAGGAGAUAGGGAAAGGUAUCAGUAAAGAAAUGGAUGGGGUAUUCCACAGUCAUUUGAGUGGACGGGUACGGCCCUAUUUGGACCUCAUCGACUCACUGCGUCUGAUGGGCAUCGAUCAAGAUCUACCCUUGCCUGCGAUAACAGUGAUCGGAGACCAGAGCUCAGGAAAGAGCUCCGUGUUGGAGGCGCUGUCUGGAGUAGCGCUCCCCAGAGGCAGCGGUAUUGUAACUCGAUGCCCGCUGAUGCUGAAGUUGAGGAAGUUGAAGGGAGGUGUGCAGUGGAAGGCCAUCAUCUCCUACAAAGACACGACUACUGAAUUCACUGACCCCACUCUGGUUGAGGGCUAUGUCAAUGAGGCCCAGAAUGAGCUGGCUGGAGACGGUGUUGGGAUCUGUGACGAGCUGAUCAGCCUGGAGAUCAUGUCUCCUGAAGUGUGUGACCUCACUCUGAUUGAUUUACCCGGCAUUGCCCGGGUGCCUGUCAAAGGACAACCUGAUAACAUUGGAGAUCAGAUUAAAAGGCUCAUUCUAAGCUUUAUUGAGAAGAGUGAAACCAUCAACUUGGUGGUGGUUCCAUGUAAUGUCGACAUAGCAACAACUGAAGCUCUAAAAAUGGCCCAAGAAGUUGACCCAGAAGGGAAAAGAACUUUGGCUAUUCUGACCAAGCCAGACCUUGUAGAUCGUGGCACAGAAAAGAACAUUUUGGAGAUUGUUCACAAUCAAGUCAUUCCGCUGAGCAAAGGCUACAUAGUUGUGAAAUGCCGUGGUCAGCAGCAAAUUCAGGACAAGAUAUCUCUAGCAGAGGCCACCAGGAUGGAGAGAGAUUUCUUUAGACAACACAAGUACUUCAGCUGUCUUCUCAAUGAGGAAAAGGCCACAACCCAGUGCCUUGCCACUAAACUAACCCAAGACCUGGUGGGCCACAUCAAAAACUCUCUACCAACACUGUCAGAGCAGAUUAAAAAAGAGCUAUGGGAGUCAAGGAAAAGCUUGAGUCAGUGUGUGGGAGGUCCUCCCAUAGACCCCCCACAAAGAAAAAACUUCCUUGUGGACACUUUAACUCAGUUCAACGACAACAUCAACCGGCUGUCAGCUGGUGAAGUUGUCAAUGACGACAACCUGUUUGUGCUCCUGCGACUCCAUUUUCAGAAGUGGAAAGAUGAACUUGAGAGUAGUCAAAACUCAUAUUCUAUAAUGGUACAGGAUGUGGUGGACGAGUAUGACCUGAAGCACAGAGGAAGAGAGCUCCCUGGUUUUAGUGACUAUAAAGUGUUUGAGUUGGUCGUACAGAGACUGGUGAUGAAUCUACAAGGUCCUGCUCUUGACACUUUGAGGGUCAUCAGAGAAACCAUCGAGAAGCAGUUCAGCGAUGUCUCAAAAACCUGCUUCUCAAACUACCCUUUUCUCCAGUGUGUCACAAUGAACAAGAUUGACAAAAUUCAGUCGAGUCAGGAGGCCAAAGUGGAGGAGAGAAUCAAGGAGCAGUUUAAGAUGGAGCAGCUGGUCUACACACAGGACACCAUCUACUUCAAGACCCUGAAGAAGCAGGGAGAUCCCUCUGUGGAGAACUGCACUGAAUAUGACAGCAGGAGCAAGUAUCCUGAAAUGCUUCAGGCGUACUACGAGAUAGUGAUUCAGCGCCUGGCGGACCAGAUUCCCAUGCUGAUCCAGUUCUUCCUGUUGAAGGAGUCGGCUCGGUUGCUGUGCAGUGAGAUGCUUGGCCUCAUCGAGGGGGUGGACGUGGACAAGGCUCUGUGCGAGGGCUCGGACUGCAGCCGUCGCCGUAACGACCUGCAGGGUCGCAUCGAGCGUCUCAGCCUGGCUCAGGAGAAACUCAGCCAUUUCCUCUAAAUGGCUGAACCAUUGACAUGCAGCUGUUACAAGAAGUGUACAGUUGAGUUUAUGUUAUCAAAACAUAAAAGUUAUGUGCAUAAUAUACUAUGACUAUGGAUCACAAGCCCAUAAAUUAAACUGGUGCUAGAUUGUUCACAGGUUUAGUAUCUUGGUUACGCCACCUUAGAAUUAACUUGACUUCCUUCAUUAAUUAGGUCACUCUUUGCUGUAAUGAAGCACCCCCCUGCACCCACACCAACUCAGGGAAGGAUUUAGACAAAAUACAAAAUGCUGGUGGCGUCAUCGGAUCACUCCGUCUUUUUCUCUUCUUGAGAUUCCAACAGACACCUAUCCAUAGGACUGUUGCUUUUCUUCACAGGCGAUAUAUCCGCGUCCGCCAGCUCCUUAGUGAUCCACCACCACACCAUUAAAACACACACAAACACACCAGAGCCAAGGCAGGAAUCGCCUCACACAUGUAUGCUUACAUCGGCUUAUAAAAGUGCCUCUCGCCUCUACAAUUGUGAUCCAAUAACCCAGUGAAAUCAGUCAUCAGUAAAUAAGCUACAGCUGGUUAAUUUACAUGUUGGUUCCACAUGACAUUACCACUCCCUAUGCACUAUGCAGGUUUAGGUAUUUUUGAUGACUGUAGAGCUCCCUCUAGAGUCGCAAUAUAUUUAUAUUUUACUCUGCUGUAAAAAGCAAAAGUAAAAAUCUUUGGAAUUCAUACAGGCCCAUGGGUGUGGCAAAGGCUGUUUACUUUUUAUCACCAACCUACAUCUGCCAAUAUCCAGAGGCCAGGUCCAAUGUUGAGUACCAUGCCUCUUCAGUUCUAGGGAGUGGGUACACAUCUUUGUAGGUUACAGAGUUUAAUUUCUGGUAGUCUACAUAAAAAAUGAAGACCAUCCCCCUUCUUUUGGACCAAUACCACGAGGGCUGCUCACAUGCUACUGCUUUCCCUGAUGACCCAUGUAUCCAACAUACCUUUAAGCAAGGAUUGCAUCUUCUUAUACAGUGUGGGUGGGACUGGGCGGUAUCACUUUCGGAAGGGGGCUGCAUCUCCUUUGGAAUUGAGUGGCAGACCAUAUUUGUGUACCCAUGGUCAUGAUGGCUUAAGGAGAACACAUCUUGCCAUUGCUGCAGAGUCCUCAACACCCGGCCUUGCUGCUGAGGAGUCAGCUCAACACCCUGCUGGACCAGACAGUGCAAAGCCUCAUGUAAGGCUAAGGGAUCAAGGCUACUCACAUGCAGUGACGGACUGGCCAUCUGAAUUUUGGGCAAAUGCCAGAAGGGCCACCCGUCUUGUAUUAAGUUAUGUACUGUUCAUACUCUUAUAUAUCCUGCAGGGUAGAGAGAGGUGCUCUGAUGGUGCUACAUCCAAAUGUUGGGAGGUGCUGUUUUUUUUUGGUGCUGUAGGCAGUACUGCGUAGAUCCAGGACUUAGCCAAAAAAUUCGAACAUCGACAACUUCUCAGUCCCUCCCCCCCUUCACAAAAUGGUCUCCCAAGCCCCUCCCCUAACAGAGCUGUGCAUGCUAGAGCGCGUACACCUGAAUUCUCUGGUGCACAAGCUUUCUUUUGCUGUCUACGUGCACGAACAAAAGAAGCAAGUCAACUUUGGAUAAAACCAAAGGUUGCGAUGUUUCUAAAAGUGCAGUUUACUUCCAUAACCUAAGGUGACGUUUGCUAUCAGUAACAGUUUGCUAAAUGUGCAAAAUUAAUCAAAUAAAAAUGUGUAUCCUUGUGUUGUGUAGCCUA